AUGCCUAAUUUAUUGACUAAUUAACACGCUGGAUAUACCGAUAUAGCCAUUUAAGGGUUUGCUUUUGGAAUUGUUGUUAUGAUUAUGGUUUUAAUUUUUGUAAUUAUUUAAGUUAUUUUAUGGUACAUGCUUAAAAAGAGAGGAGGAGAAUAUGAUAUUGGGGAUAUGUUUUUGAAUAAAAAAUAAAGCUAAUAAGAUAGUGAUAAUGAUGAUAAGGAUUAGGAUGAUGAUGAAAAGACGAAAAUUAAAAAUUUAAAAGAAAAAUUGGUGGAAAGUUAAGAAUAGAAUAAUGAUAAGGAUAAAAAAAAGAAAUAGAAAAAGAAAAAAAAAGAAAUUUAGAUGACUGAGAUUAAAUCUUAGGAAUCAUCAGAUUGA